GUUGUCAAUCCGGAGACGGGUGCUGAGUUAGGUGUCGGUGAAACAGGAGAGUUCGUCUUCAAGGGUCCACAGGUGAUGAAAGGUUAUCUAAACAACCAAAGGGCCACGGAUGAUAUGAUAAAGGAUGGGUGGCUCUAUUCAGGUGACGUGGGACACGUGCGAGAGGACGGCUGUAUCGUCAUCACCGACAGGCUGAAGGAGCUUAUUAAGUACAAGGGAUUCCAGGUCCCCCCAGCUGAAUUGGAGGAUCUGUUGCUGAAACAUCCGGGUAUCCAGGACGCGGCGGUGAUUGGUGUCCCGGAUGAGGUCGCAGGGGAACUGCCCCGGGCUUACGUAGUACCCAAACCUGACAAGCCACUGACUCAAGAGGAAGUUUGCAAGUUUGUUGAAGAAAAUGUGUCUGCGUACAAAAGACUACGAGGUGGAGUAGAGUUCAUGGAAGUCAUCCCUAAAUCGCCUUCUGGAAAAAUCCUCAGACGAAUUCUCCGGGACGAAUAUAGCACGAAAGUAUCUACAUAGGAAUAUUGUUAUUAUUCGUGUGAUCAUUUGAUAUAAAAAAUUCAGUUAUCAGUCAUGAUCAAAGUUAACAGAGUUAUCAAAGACAGCGACAUUUAUCUGUACUUAACGGUUAACAUAUGUAGAUGUUCAAUGGAAGCACGUUAGUCCUGACACGUUUGUUCCAAAUAUAUUUCCAGACUGAUGGAAUCAAUUUUGAACUGAUAACGUUAAAACAAAGAAGUACCAAAUUCAGCUGAGGGAUUCAAUGAAUGGAAACGGAGGUUUUGUUUCUUGAAAUAAUUCAACUGAUAUGGGUCGCAUAUAAAAUGUUGUGAUUGUUUUAUGCCAUUUGUAAAUAUUAUAUCACUCGUCAAAUAUAUUUCAUAUUUUGUAAUUUAUAUUUAUACACAGGUACUUAGAAAAAGAACAUAUAUAUGUUUUAUGCCUCUAUUUUGUGUACCAUUGUGUGCAUAUACAUCAAAGUAUAGAAAUGUUAAUGGGACAGAAACACAAACUAAAUGUUGGAUAUGUAUGUAACACAUUGUACAUAUGGUGUAAUUUAGGAUAUACUGGUAAUGAAAUUAUUUUCGUGUGUAUUUCUUUUCGCGCAUUAUGCCUGUAGUUGAUUUGUGAAUACAUAAUUUCGCGAUCGAUAACAUUCUAUUUUGCUAUAUGUAGUAUUUAUCUGUGAAAUUUAAUUCGUGGAAGAUUUCCAAUCGCGAAUCAACGUUAUUAUUAUUCUCGCAAAAUAAAGUGAUUACAGUUCAUGCAUUGUAAUGUUAAAUUGCAUAUAAAUGACAUAAUAAACAUAGCUAUGGAAAUAAAUGGUAGCAGUGUCAAGACAUAAGCAAUUAAACAGUGAAUAUUCUGGCUUUCGUGAUGAAUAUCAGUUAUAUUUCAUAAGUGAUGCUAAGCACUCGUGAAAAAGAAAAUUUCAACUAAAUCAACUUCAAAGUUAAAUACCGUUGUUAUUUUAUUUUUGUAAAAGUAAUGGCCUCCUUAAACAGACAAUUAAUCUGCCGUCAAUAGAAGAAAAAAAGGGAAUGCGAUAUGUAUGACUUGCGUUAUAAAAUGGAUACAUAACAAAACAAUAGGGGGCAAUGCUUAUACUUUAAAGCAAAAUACAAAGUUUAAUGAAGAUAAAGUGAUAAAAGAAGCGCACAAUUGUUCAUUACGAUGUAGACUAUUACGCUUUUAAUGUAUUUUUAAUAUCGACGAUAUAUGUUUUGACUUUGUAUGUUUUCAAACAUGUAGUUUUAGAAGAUUGUGACAUGUGUUAUUUCAGAAAUGUAAAUCUGUGUGUCAAUGUGAUUCUUUAUAAAUGUUAAUGGAUGGUUUUUACCAUGAAUUUGUAUGAAUGGUAUUAACAGAAAUUAUUGAAAUUUGUUGAUGGUAUGACCAUGUGUGUGGCUAUUGUUAAUUAAAGAGUGUGGAUGAUAUCAAUUAACAUGCGUGUGACAGAUUUUAAUUAACAUGUGUAUAGAUGAUGUAAAUAUUUAAUGUUUGUUGGUGAUAAUAACUAUGUGGGAAUAGUAUAAAUCUCACGACAAAAUGUUGUAAAUAAAGUAGAUUUAUGAAAUCUUUAAGUUUAA